AUGAUCAAACCCACCGUGUCCUCUCAGUAUCUGAGAACGCCUAAGCAUUCUUAUACUCUACCUGCCGCCCCGGUUCAUCUCCAGAACACUACAUCAGCCUUCAUGUCUACACCCAAUCAUUGGGCUGUGCAUGAAAGAAAUCAACCAGUAAGAGAGACCAGAGUUGUCUUAGACCUAGAGAGGAUACGCCCUUAUAAACGUCAGGGGGGGGGGUUUGGCUCUGGGCCAGUAUCGGUCCCAUUCUCUUGGAUGAGGCAUGCUCCUGCCUUCCAGUCAAAAGAGAUACGACUGGCUUUCUCAAUAGAUGGCACCACAUCUACUAUAUGGGCCUCCGUUUCUGUUGUCUCGGGGACUCUACCUCUCCUGGCAGAGGUGAUGGAUUAUUAUCUGUGGGAGAGACAAAAGGGGCCUUAUGCCACCUCUGCAGGCAGAGGUGUGGGAGUAACCGGUCCUUCCUUAUACCAUCUCUGCGGGCAGAGGUGGUGGAUUAUUCUAUCUGUGGGAGAGGCAAAAGGAUCUUAUGCCACCUCUGCGGGCAGAGGUGGUAGAUUAUUCUAUCUGUGGGAGAGACCGGGGUUGUCAUACAGGACCUUGCUGGCCGGGGUAAUAGAGUAUCUGAUCUGUAAGUGGAACCAGAGUUAUCAUCAGACCACAAACUAUUCUAGACUAUCGGUGUUCAUCACCAUGCACAUGGACUAG